AUGGUGACUUCUUCAUUGAGACCUGGCUCGAGCGGAACCACCACAAUAGGAUCGACAACUUCUCAGCAUUCAAUAUACACGAGCAGCAUUGUCACAAUAGAAUCAACGAGUCACGGUGAUAAGACCACGGCGCAAACAAGCUUCAGCAGCCAUACAACAUAUCCAACGAACUUUGACCAUCCGUCUGCGGAGCGGAGCACUUUGAAUGCCAUCUUUACAAUUGAACCCACCAACUCUGUUACCACGGUGCAGCCAAGCUUCAGCUACGCAGAGGGAUCAAAAAGCUCUAAUGAUUUCUCCUUAGAAGGAACCGAUACGGCCCCGAGCCUGAUCCGUACAACUGAACCAACAAAUUCGGGUGAUGUGUCAAUGGUGCAGGGAAGUCAUUCCGAGCGCCUGACUGGCGCGCCUGGCUCCGCGACAGUGUCGACAGCUGCCACGGAUAUUUCCACGGCGAUGUUUACCCCAAGCAUGACUCGUUCCAGGGGCGCAGAUGAGACAAGAUCAGCAACUACCACCACAUCCGAAUUUGAGCCAAGUCCGCCAGCCACGAGCACUCAGUUCUCGGGAGUACUGCCCAGUAAGAGUAAUACUCUUACAGAUAUAGAACCUACAAACGAAACUUCGGUCUACUCUACUUCGUCUACAAUGGUCGCUCAGUCUACAUCGGAUACCUCUACCAGAAGCCUGUCACUCACCAGUGUGCUCUCACCCACUACAGACACUACAGCUAUUGAGAAUAUGGCCGCGCCGCAACAAGACCAGGCUGAUUCUAGCAGAAAUAAGUCAGCUCUCUCGUUGUCAACGACAAUGGUAACCGAUUUAGCGGCGGCGACGAGCCCGCGGACGGUCGAGCAUGCCGUAGCUUUCGGUUCGACCCCAACCGUCCAGAGCAGUCUGUCAGCUACCACUUUAACCCCGUCAGCAGACGCAACUCGUGUGGGUGUAGUUGGAUAUUCGACCACUACUAGCAAGAUUGUCAUGGGCAGUGAGACCACCAGAAGUUGGAGUGGUCGCACCUCCGCAACGAGCGUAGCUACGCUGUCCAUAGGAGGAGUCUUGCCAACAACCAUCCUCACACAGGCCAGCCAAGCGCCGGCACAGCCGACCGGGCAGCUUCAGACGCCCCAGGGACUGCCACACAUCAUCCUGCCUAACAAUUCGAGUGGUUUUUCGGCAAGUGGCGAUAGUCUUAUCCAGCUUGGCUUCCUCUUCCCAUUGAAUUACGUGUUUGUCUCACAAAAUCUCCAGGCGGCAGCGCAGAUAUUCGAAGUGCUGCCGAGGGCUUUGGCACAUGGCACCGUCCAGCCUAGCGCGAUAGAGGUCGCUAGGCUGGUCCCCUACGACACGCAAGCCACAGCAGGAUAUAUUACUACUAUAGCAAAGCUCUACUUUCCGAAAGUUUCUGUUAAUCAGCUUCAGAAAGAUAUUCUCGACUCGCACUCUGCUAUUUACACCAAGGGAGGAGACCUGGAAAGAAAUUUGACAGCACUUAUUGACGUCACCAUCAAGAUUACAGACGACAAUGGUAGUUCCGACUGUGCUCUGUCAUGCGCUGCAUCCUCAGGCACGGCCAACUCCUCAAAACAGAAGGGGGUGACUGCAGGGGCUGUAGUGGGAAGCGCUGCGUUUUGUGGCGUGUUAGGAUUAGGCGUGUUUCAGAUCUACAGGCGGCGGGGGUCAGCAGUUGCAGCGGCUUGGCUAUUCAAAAAUCGAGGAAAGGGCCAGCUCAAAGGGAGUCGUAUAUCGCGGCCCGUCAAUUCAGAAAACAGCCUCGGCUGGAAUAGGCUAUAG